UCUCUUUCUAAAUUAAUGACCAUCGCCCUUAGAAAUAACUUUAACAAUUGAAUUAUCUCGUUUUGAAUAUUUUCAGAAUACAUCAUUGAUCAAAGAAUUUUUAAAAAAGCGUUCCGUUGUAUUGGAUUCAGACAUGAUAUUUGUACAUAAUUAUACAUUCUUUAAAAUGUCUCCACUCAAGAACUUUUUGAUAACGAAUUUUUCGCAAAAUACGAUUCUAAUCAUUGGGUAUAACAUAUUCCAAGUACAAUGUUGUUCUCUAAACUUAAGUUCUAAUACAUAGAAUGGCUGCUUAUGAAACUUAAAAGUUGCCUAUCAGCUUCAAACGAAUGUGUUUUGUAAAUAACGGGCUACUCUGGAAAUCAGUCAUUGGACCGCUCAGAACGCCCUACAGCCGUACAUAGGAAAAGAUCAAGCAAUGAAGUGAAAGGGCAGAUCAAUAGUCUGUAUAAAAUCGGGAUGUACCGUGCAAUAUCACGUGUACUUGAUGAAAAUAAACUGGUGAGGAUACCACUUGAUGUUCACUUUUCCCUUUUAUGAUAUUUAAAAAUCUUAGAAAUGACUCAGUUUGAGGGAAAUCGUCUCAUUUUGUUCCUCGCCGUUUUCACACAUUGUUUUGUAUCCUUUGGAGAAGAAAAUGUAGAAAAUAAUGAUUUCUCUUUCUUAUAUAAGUGUGACUGGAACGUUUACAAUACCACACAACUACUGCAUGAAAUGCAAGUGAAAUCCAGAAUUCAAUGUGCUGUCAUUUGUUUACAUUACCAAACAGGUUGUCUCGGGUUCGAACUUUACAAAACGUUGUCUGUUACAUUGUGUCGUUUUUUCCGAGAGGAUUUGCGAAAAAAAUGUGUAUCAACAUCUACGUCGACUUCAUUCUUCUACAGACGGACAACACCAGCAAUAACAACACCGGAAGUAACAACUGCAAUAACAACACUGGAAGUAACAACAACAGCAUCCAGCCCUUGUGAAAAUGGCGGCACCCUGAUCUCUGGCGUAUGUUCCUGUGUAUUUGGUUGCUUCGGACAAUACUGUCAAACUUGUAUCAAUGAAUGUAAAGAUGCAACUGGUGUUAUGGGAUUAGGAAUAGCUUGGAUAAAACCGAAUGGAUUCGAUGUUGCGAAGAAGGUUUGGUGCAAUUUCGACUUUGAUGUAACAUAUCUCCAAGUACGUGAAUUUGGAAAUGUUAACUUUAAUCGAAGUUAUGCCGAAUACGAGAAUGGUUUCGGUGAUGCGAAUGGAGAUUAUUGGCUCGGGAACAAAUAUGCACAUAUAGUGAGCAACUUACGAUCGUUUAAAGCUGGAUUCACUUUAAAGAAUGCUAUGGGCAGUCAAACCAUGGUAACUUAUUUCAAUUUCGUUGUUUUGGAUUCAACAUCCAAAUAUGCAGUGCAAUAUUCGUCAGUUAACAUGAUAGGCUACCCACUGGCCAACAAUCAGCCAUUCCAAGCAUACGACACUGUGAGCGCAUGCGCCCAGACACUCGGUUGUGGUUGGUGGUUCGGAUCAACAUGUUCCUCCGGAAGUCCAAAUGGGCCUUAUCCAGUGACGUAUGGAAUAUAUAGUGGAGCUACCACAACAAGGAUAGGACUAUUUUGAUGUCAGGAGUCUUUACACAAGGAUAGGACUAUUUUGAUGUCUGGAGUCUUUACACAAGGAUAGGAAUAUUUUGUUGUCUGGAGUCUUUACACAAGGAUAGGCAUAUUUUGAUGUCUGGAGUCUUUACACAAGGACAGGACUAUUUUGAUGUCUGGAGUCUUUACACGAGGAUACGACUAUUUUGAUGUCAAAGGAGU